AUGAGAAUUUGUUUUUUAUUAUUUGGGAAUGAACGUGAAAAGAUUAGGUUUGGUUUUGUCGAGGGUUGGGUUUUUGUAAAUGAUGAGAGAUCAGUUUGUGAAAGACGAUAUCAGGUGAAUGAGUUGUUGCAAAUCAAAAGUAGUUGUGGUCAAAAGGCGUUAUUUUUUAAACCUCCGUUAGCACAUGAUUUUUGGAAUUUAAUUACGGUAAGAUUUUCAGAAGCUUUGAAAGAAAGUGUUUUGUAUAUAGAGCAAAUGCUUGCAUUUGUAGAAGGAAAAUUAGAUCAUAAAAGCAGAGAUAAUGAUAAGAAUUCUUUUACUCAUAACAAGCAUCAGGAUUUUCACGAUGAUAUAGCACUUUCAUUGAAGAUAAAAUCAUACUAUGAAAAUGAGGAUCAAGAGGCAGAUUAUGAAGAGUUUGAUGGUAUAGAUGAUUUUGAAGGAAAAAUCCUUAAUGGUGAAGUUGAUAGAUAUGGUUUCUUCUCUUUUCCCCAAAAACUCCCUAAACAAAAAGGCAAAAUUACUUCGCAGCUCAAGUCGAUAGAGAUUCGAAAUAAAUUUAUAAGAAGAAAGAAACGUAUUAUUCUUGAAAUACCUCAAGGUUUUUGUUUCGAUCAAUUAUUAAACCAAGAUAACCUUGUUUGGUAUAAAGAGGGAUCUAAUGUUACUAAAAAGGAGAUAAAUAGAAUUGAGAAGUGGAGGAAUAUGGCUACAAGUUUACGAAUGGAUGGAAAUACUGAGUAUGUAUUUUUUGAGACGAAAAAAUUGGCUAAAAGAGUUUUUAAAGGUAUACCUGAUUCUUGGAGAUCUGCUGCAUGGUAUGCAUUUUUAUCGUGUUCUGCAAAGAGGAAUGGGAGUAAGUAUACGGAUCGUGAGUUGAGAUUGAAGUAUCAUGAAUAUCUUCAACUUCCGUAUGCUCAUGAUUUUCAAAUUAAUCUUGAUGUUCCUCGUACUAUAAGUGGUCAUGUUUUUUUUCAAAGACAAUAUCGAGAUGGACAACGACUUUUGUUUCGAGUUUUACAUGCUUUGUCUCUUUUUUAUUCAGAUACCGGAUAUGUACAAGGAAUGGCUUCUUUGGUUGCUACUUUUUUAUGUUAUUAUGAUGAAGAGUCUGCUUUUAUUAUGUCAGUGAGGUUAUGGGAAGAAAAAGGAAUUCUAUCUAUCUUUUCUAAUGAUUUUAAUGACCUUUUUUUAUGUUUUAAUGAAUUAGAGGCUAGAUUGUCAAAAACAAGAGUUGGAAAAAGACUUUUUGCUCUUGGGAUUAAUGUGUCUUCUUUUUCCACAAAAUGGUAUUUGACACUUUUUAGUCAUUCUUUAUCUUUUUGCACUCAGUUACGAAUAUGGGAUGUUUUUUUAUGGCAUCAUGGUGAUAAAAAAAAUAAGUUUGAAAUACUUCAUCUAACUGCUAUGGCUAUAAUUUUUGGAAUGAAAGAUAUGCUUAUGAAAGCGGAUUUUGAAACAGCUAUGAAACUUCUGACAUCUAGGAUACAUGUGAUAGAUAAUGAUGCACUUAUGAUGUUAAUUGAAUCUGAAUGGAAAUCAAUGAAAAAGGGUUAA